AUGAAGAUCAGGAAAAGUCUCACCGCAGAUGGCAGGAAAUUUAGGCAGGUUGACAAAAAUGCUGAAUUGGUGGCAAGAUGGACCUACUGUGCUCUGAGUCAAGAGAAGUUACGUCGGCCAAUUGUAGCCUGUGAGCUAGGCAGGUUGUAUAAUAAAGAUGCCAUCAUUGAAUUUUUGUUGGAUAAGUCAUCUGAUAAAACUCCUGUGGAAGCUGUGUCGCAUAUCAAGAGCAUUAAGCACGUAACAGAACUGAACCUUGCAGAGAAUCCAGCUUGGAGUGGUGAUAAAGAGAGUAUAAAAGGUGACAAAUAUGAUGACAACCAGUCUGCACGCUUUAUAUGCCCUGUGGUGGGAUUGGAAAUGAAUGGAAAACAUAGGUUUUUCUUCUUGAGAAACUGUGGCUGUGUGUUCUCUGAACGUGCUCUCAAAGAAAUUAAAUCAGAAGUUUGUCACAAGUGUGGUGUGCCCUUUCAAGAAGAAGAUGUGAUUAUCCUGAAUGGUAAUAAAGAAGAUGUGGAAGUAUUGAAGAAAAGAAUGGAGGAUAGAAGGCUUAAAAGUAAAUUAGAAAAGAAAUCAAAGAAAUGUAAGUCAGCAGAAUCAGCUUCUCAGCAGGAUAUCACUGAAGAUUCUCCAGGUCCAUCAAAGGCUAAGAAUGAAAAGGAUUGCAUCAACUCCAGUUCUGGGGAAAAGAGACAGAUUAUCUUCACCAAAAGUUCAGAUAAUGGAAAUUCAUCUGUACCAGGAAAAGUCAAUAAGGCUUCUUCGACUACUACGAAGAGAUCCAUUGCAGACAGCGAGGAGAAAUCUGAGGCAUACAAAUCUAUUUUUACAUCACACAGCUCAGCAAAACGUUCAAAGGAAGAGUGUCCCAAUUGGGUUACUCACACAGCGUACUAUUUCUGAAACAGUGAUGAGCCUGAUCAUAACAUUCAUUACUGCUUUCCUUCCCUAAAGCUUUUUCUGUACAACUCUGAUACAGAACUUUUGUUGUAAUCUGAUGUUAUCUAGAAUUACUCAGUUUGUAAAUUGUUUAUAAACUUCUGAAUAACUAAUGAACUUGUGUGAGUUGCAACUUCUGUUAAAUAAGAAAUAGGUCACCAGUAUCCAUGGUGUAUCGGCAGACCUCAGUCAAAAAUGAUGGAUUAUUUGCACAAAAAAAUUGCUUUUCUUCUCCCAGUUGGAUGCUGUCAGUCACACCAGCUAGUGUCCUCAGUAGCAGGAGUGAGGGUAGAAGGAUCUGCCCGCUGUUCUCCUCUGUUGAUAUUUGCCACAACUGUAAUGAUAGUUUUCAACAUAUUAGUAUAGAAAUGCAAACUUUGAAACUUUCUGAGAGUAAAAAGAGCAAUAAUGCUUUUCUUUUGUACUAGCCAACUGGGCCCUGAGUAGAACUAGUAUAGGUUUCUUAAAGGUUCUGUAGGUAUUUUCAAGUAGUUUACCUUUUGAUGGAAUAUAUGAAAGCAUAAUCAUGAAAAUGUUUGUACGGCAUUCUUCUUGUACAUAUUGUUGUAGCCUGUUUUUAAUAACAGAGCAUUCACUUGUAAAUCAUUAUCUAUAAAGAUGAGCCUGUAAUAGUAAGACUAUUUUUUUUUCCCAAAAAGGUUUUGGGAAUUUUCUUCCUGGGUGUGUGUUUUAAAGUUAGAAGUAUCAGGUCUGAGCUUUCUUUGGUCAGAGGAUCGGAAUACAGUGGAACAAAAGUAUGAGUUUCCUUUUCUGCUGAAGCAGUAAGGUUCUGUGUACAUCCCUGAGGAGCAAUUUCCCAUUUUGAAUUCGGCAGCUUACCUGAAAAUAUGAGCAUUUGCGCAGGGUGAGAGAAAAACGGGUGGUGACAGAAUAGGAGCAGGCAGAUCUUAACUGGCUUUUUAGGGAGAAAUGACUGGGUACCAGUAUCAUGCCAGCCAACCCCCUCGGUGGCUCCUGCAAGGCUGGAGUUCACGUCUGAGAACGUUUCUUUCACUUUGCAGGCAACUGAAACGUGCUGCUUUCACAACAUCUGUAGCACGCGUUGUUUUAUUUUCUGACAUAAAAUUCUUCACAGCAACCAACUAUUUGACUGUUAAUUGCUUGUUACAGAAAGAUGCUAAGCAUAGUAUGUCGCUCAGUUUUGCUUUUAUAUUUAUGCUUUUUAUCCCUGUGACGUUGAUUUAAAUAAAACUUGGCUCUUGUCAUGUGACCAUAA